UAGUAUAGACAUGGCUUAUUUCUGUAGCUGCAGCUUAAACCUUGUUUGUCCAUGAAAACAGUACACAUAACUUUAACUUUUCUUAGAGAUCAAUAAAAUCCCUAACAUAAUUCCAUAACAAAAUGGAUUGGGCUGAAGAAUUGAAAAUGUCCAUAAGGAAGACUACUGCCCGCAAAGGUAGACGUUCCAAGAGCCGAGAUGUGCUCAAAGAUUCGCCACAAACGUCCAGCAGUACAGCUCAGAAUUCAACAAAUCCCGAGUUAUCAAUAGACUUGAAUUUGGAUUUACAAACACAAAGACAAACGAAUACAGCAUCAACUGGUAAUAAUAUAUCGGGUACAUUUUCACCGGACUCUACAACGUCGGGAGGAGCCACAGGUGCUGGUGUCCUCUCCAGUUUGUUGUCGGGUGACUCAAAGAGACCACCAAUGUUGCGAAGAAUAUCUGGUGGCUGGGCCGAUUCGGCAAGUGGUGGUAAACUCAAAUCUAAGAAGGGUUCUUUUGAAGACGAACGUUUUGGUAUUAAAUCAUCGGAGAAUACAUCACCCAUAGAUGAUAUACCCAUAAUUCCGGAUUUAGAUGACAUAAAAGAUGAAAUGAUAAUGCAUGAAAUAGCCCAGCCAGAAUCAUUUGCCGUUGAUCGUGUGGUCACUUUAAAAGAACUUAACUCCGAUUUAUUGGCUCAAACAGCUUUCUCGGUUAUAGAAGAUGUGGAUUUAUCGAUCUUGACCAAGUGUCUGCAGCCGCAAGAAGUUCUCGAUGAGCCCGAUGAAGUGUGGGAAUGGCAAAAGUUAUUUACCGAUGUUGUGGCAGAAAUACAUUCAGAUAAACCCAUAGAAAAGCCUAAAAAAUUGGAAUUGAAACCCGAUGAAUUGCCGGAAACCAAUUCAGAUUGAAUUUAGUAUUUAAUUUGUUAU